UCAGAUCACCGUGUUGAGUUGGGACCUACACAGUGGGCUGCUGAGGGAACUUUGAUCAGGAUGGAGAGCGGCCCCAUUAGAACUCUCCUCAACCUCCUCUUCCUCUCAAGCCUGGAGUGUGUUUUGGGAUCAGUGGUUAGACAACAUUCUCACUAUAAUAGUUAUUAUUAUUACACUUGGACGAAUGCCGAAGCCAACUGCAGGUCAAGAUCGAUGGCCCUCUUAACUCAGCAGUUUGAGUUUGACAAAUCGGACAUAACAACGGUUACAUAUCACACAUGGAUUGGCCUGAAGGGUCAGGGGGGCCAGGCUAGAUGGUCCGAUGGAACAUACUAUAAUGACCCACCCGAGAUCUCUCAAUAUGAAACUUGUGCCUACCUCACCUCCCCAUCUCAUGCAAUAGCUUUCGGAUCUUGCCAUUAUAACUUCUUCUUCUACUGUAAGAAGAGUGGCCCAUCUCAUUCCUCCAUCGUAUUUGUCCCACGGGCUCUGAAAUGGGAGGAUGCAGAGACAUACUGCAGAGAUAAUUACAUUGAUCUUGUUCUUCUGAAAGACGAAGACCGAUUCGACGACCUCCCUAAUGAUGACCUAUUCUAUAUAUGGACAGGAAUACACAGAUCUAAUGGUGGAGAUUGGAAGUCGAGCACUGGACUUCCAAUUGACGAAAACUGGAAGCCAGGACAGCCCACAGCAAACGGAGACUGUGUUGCCACGUCCAAUAAGGACAUGAAGAUGAUUAACUUGGACUGCGAUACCUUAUGGCCCUUUUACUGCUUCCAGGACAACCUGGUUCUGGUAAAGGAGGACAAGACCUGGGAGGAGGCCCUUGAGCACUGCAGGGCCAUGGACUUGACAGACCCCAACAACCACCGCAAUGACCUGAUCAGCAUCAGUGGUCCAUUGGACCAGCAAAUUGUGUGGACCAAAAUCGAUGAAGCCAUCACAAAUGAGAUUUGGACCGGUCUUCGCUACUUUGUUCACGAAUGGUUUUGGGUUGAUGGGACUGAUGUGCCAUACCAGGACUUGCCGUCCUGUCCUGUUCAAGGGCAAUAUUGUGGAACCCUGGUCAGGGACAACAGCACCAUACCCUGGAAUAUCAGAGACUGCAAUGAAAAAAGAAACUUCCUCUGCUAUAAGAAGUAUUGAUCAGUCAAUGCAUUCAAGCAAGAUUUAGUAACAGUUAUAAAAAUGUCGUUAUUUGAAAUUUGUCAUGUCAGGUCUCACAAUCUGCUCCAUUCUGUUAUUUACCAACAUUGACCAGAAAUAUUUUGCCUACCUCCUCUCAACAUCAUUUAUAAUGAUUGAAUAAUAUUGUGUAUAUAGGUCACAAAGGGAAGCUCCUUUGAUUUCCUGUCCGGUGUCUCAACUGCCAGCAGAGGUCAGGCUUUAUAUCCCAGGUCUCCAGUGAUUUAAGGGUGGCUUUAUAAAUCAUACCUAUCAUUGUCCUCAAUAGCUGUAGUUUUGCCGAUGGAUAUUAAUAUUUAGGUUUGGUUCUUCACGUGCAAUUUCAAAAUAUGGGCAAUUAAUUAAAGUCUAACUUGCCUUUGUGGUUUUAGUUAGUUUUGCCUUUUUGUUCUUCCCUUUUAGACUUGUGGUGACAUCAGGGGCUCAUGCCUGUCUCCAGGACAAACCAAGUGUAUGGUCCAGCCCGUAGCUAGUGCCUCAGGGCCUUCGGGGCCGGGUUAGAGGUGCAGGGUGGGGGGCCUUCGGUUUGAGUUCCCUUGAGUGCGUUUCCUCUUUUGUAUGAGUUUGCUUCUAUCCAUUGCUUGACUCUAUUUAACAUCUUACUUUGUCUGCUUUGUAGUACGUGUGAACCAGCAUGUGUAUUUUAAAGAUGAAGUUAAUAGGGAUUUACCUUCAUUUAGUCAAGCUAAGCCAGUCCUCCGGCUCCUACCCAGCCCUCUCCCUAUAGGCCUCAGGUACGACGGUGCUCUGGGCCUCUUGUUGAUCAGGCGCAUUCUAAUUGCAUCAUUAGUUCCAGGAUUCGUUUGCCUUCCAUUUGAAUAAAACAUUUGUUUCAA